AUGGCGGACGUCAACCCCUAUUUGUGGAUCGUCAUCGUGGGCAGCUUUGUUUCGUUCCUCACUGGCGCCGGUGUGGGCAUGAAUGACUUGGCCAACGCCUUUGGCACCACGUACGGUGCGCGCAUUCUCACCCUCACGCAGAUUGUCAUCGUAGCCUCGAUUUGUGAGUUUUCCGGUGCCGUGACGCUCGGUGGUGAGGUGACGUCGACCAUCUCCAGUGGCGUUGCCGACCCCAAGGAUUUCGCGAAGCAGCCGUAUGUCUUCAUGUACGGUAUGCUUUGCGCCUGCGGCGCCGCCUUCUGCUGGCUUGCGAUCGCCACGUGGCUGCGUCUUCCCGUGUCGUCCACGCACAGCAUCUGCGGUGGCGUGAUCGGCUUCGCGCUGGUCUACGGUGGCGGUGGCUCGGUGAACUGGGCGAAGAAGAAGAGUGAAUUCCCGUUCUUCAGCGGUGUGGCCCCGAUUGUCGCCUCCUGGUUCAUCUCGCCUGUCCUCACCGGCGUUGUGUCGGCUCUUAUCUACGGCCUGGUCCGCUUCCUAGUGCUUCGUCCGAAGAACUGUGUGCGGCGCGCGAUGUACACCCUGCCCAUCGUUGUGGCCAUCGCCUUCUUCCUGGAGUCCUUCUUUGUGCUCUUCAAGGGCGCGUCGAAGCGCCUCAAGUGGUCUGUGGACCGGGCUGCCUGGGUGGCUGCGUGCAUUGGCGCCGGCGCUGGCGUGCUCUCGUGCGCGUUCAUUCCCCUUCUGAAGCGCUUGGUUGCUCGUGACGAGGCGCGUGCCCUCGCUGCGUCUGAGGAGCGGCCGAGCACGACGGAGGACUCUAAUCAGCGUGAGCCACUCAGCGUUGAGGACGUGCGCAAGCCUCGUGAGGUCACCGGCGACGUCGUCAACGAGUCGGAGGCCUCCGACUCGGAGCAGUCGGAGGAGCGCAAGGUGACUGGUGCCAGCGGCCUUCAGGUCCAGCAGUACGAGUGGGGUGCCGAGCGCGUAUUCCGCUACCUGCAGAUCUUCACUGCCAUCUGCGCCUCCUUUGCCCACGGUGCGAGCGACGUGAGUAACGCCGUCGGCCCGCUUGCCGCCAUCUACCAGGUCUAUCAGUCGGGCAGUGUGGAAAAGAGCUCCUCUGUCCCGAUCUGGGUACUGUGCCUCGGUGGUGCCGGUCUUGUUUUAGGUCUCUCCACCUUCGGUAUCCGCCUGAUGCGUCUGAUGGGUGAGGAUCUGACUGUCAUCACUCCGAGCCGUGGCUUCGCUGCGGAGUUGUCGGCGGCGCUCGUUGUGUCCUUCGCCUCCGGCUACGGCAUUCCCGUCUCGUCGACUCACUGCAUCACUGGCGGUGUCAUCGCCGUCAGCAUCGUCGAUGUCGGCUUCAUGAACAUCCGCUGGAUCAUGGUUCUGAAGAUGUACGGCGGCUGGGUGUUUACCCUGGUGAUCACUGCCGUUAUCUCCGCCAUGUUCUUUGCCCAGGGUGUCAGCGCCCCUGCCCUUUAG